UGGCUUCUCUUAUUUGGGGUUGGUGCAUCCCGUCUCUCAGUGGAAGGCCCCGAUCCCCUUCUGGGUCACAACUUAUAGGACUCGGUUUGGGACUUGAGGAAAUGAAAGGAAGGCGAACAUGAAAAUAUUGUGGAAACACGCAAACAAUUCAUACUGAAGGGGCUAGUUUGCAAAUUGGCGAGUUUUCUGUAACAAGGUCAUUUACAUUUUUGCCCACGCCGAAUGCAAAUGUGCCUUCGACUAGAAACACUGCUAAGUCGAGAGAGAGAGGAGAAACGGCGAGGAAUCAGAAGAGAGGGCAGGGGAAGGGAAGAUGAUUGGAGUGGGGAAGAUCAAGCAAUACACCAACGUCCUCGACAAACCCCUCAGCAAGGGAAAACAAGAGGUGAGCUUGAGUGCAUUCGCAUUCUUGUUUUCAGAGCUUGUUCAAUACAGUCAAACGCAAGUUGACAAUAUAGCAGAGCUAGAGAGAAGGUUAGAGGAUGCUGGUUAUGCCGUUGGUGCACGGGUGUUGGAACUUUUUUGCCAUCGGGAAAAGGGAAACAGAAGGGAGACACGAUUAUUGGGCAUUUUGUCUUUUGUACACAGUACAGUAUGGAAGGUGUUAUUUGGAAAGGUAGCUGACUCACUUGAGAAGGGGACUGAACAUGAAGAUGAAUACAUGAUUAGUGAGAAGGAACUCCUUGUGAAUAGAUUUAUAUCAAUACCAAAAGACAUGGGGACAUUUAAUUGUGGUGCAUUUGUUGCAGGAAUAGUAAGGGGAGUUCUGGAUAAUGCAGGUUUUCCAGCUGUAGUUACAGCGCAUUUUGUACCUGUAGAGGGUCAACAACGACCUCGGACAACCAUUUUAAUAAAAUUUGCUGAAGAGGUGCUGCGCAGAGAAGCAAGGCUAGGAGGAUGAGUUCGUGCCAGAUUGUUCAGCUUUCUUUUCUUUUAGAACAAUAUGGGGACAAAUGGUGAAACUUGUUGCUGGUUUGGGAACUAUUCUGGGAAAGUUUGCAUGCAAAUUCUGUCUAUUAUUUGUUUUAUGACCGAUCCACCAAUCAAAUUCCUUCAGAGGGUUGUCCUCCGACUUUGAUGUCUCUAACUCAGAUUGUAACUACUAAGCAUCUCCCCAUUUGCAUCGGCAGUUACCGUAAAGAAGGGUUACAGUUUCCUUC